AUGGGUAGAAAAGCUUCUAAUGAUAGCUACGAGAAUUCAGAUGUGAACGGUGCUGUUUCUAAAAGGAAAUCUAAAGGGAAGGAUGAUAUAAAUGAUAUUAUGAAUGACUUGAAUAAGAAGAAAAUGAAUGAGAAGAAGAAUAUGAAAGAUAAGAAGGAUGGUAAUUUUUCAGGAAAUAUGAUAGGUGGAAUGUAUAAGAAUAAAUUAAGAUAUAUCUUAGAUAAUAUAAUAAUAAUAAGUAUUAUUUUAUCAUUUGUUGUAUUAAUAUCUUUUAAAUAUUUAGAAGAGAAAUAUUCUAUAGAAUCUUAUUUUGAAGAUGGAGAUAGUUUUGAUUAUUAUGAAGUUUUAAAAUGUAAAAGAGGUGAUAGUAUUCAAAAGAUAAAAAAGAAUUAUCGUGAUUUAUCUAAACAAUAUCAUCCAGAUAGUAAUAAGAAUUGUAAAGAUUGUGAUAAGAAAUUUCAAGAAAUAACAAAAGCAUAUAAAACAUUAUCUGAUAGUAGAUUAAAAAAAGCAUAUGAUAAUUCGAAAGGAAAAGUUUUAAAAUUAAUUGAAUCAAAUAGUAUUAAUUUGAACAUGAAAAAUUAUGUUGAUUUGGUAGAAAAUUCAAAUGAUUAUUGGAUAAUUCAAAUAUAUUCCGAUACAGAUAGUUUAUGUUUAAGUUUUUCAAAUAUAUGGGAAGAAAGUUUUGAUAAAUAUCACGAAUAUAUAUCAUUUGGUAGGAUAAAUAUUUCAACAGAUAAGAAAUUAAUAAAACAAAAAGUACCUUUUAAUGUUAAAAUAUAUCCAACGAUUUUCAUUUUAUCACCUGAUGGUACAUAUCAACUAUAUUCUAACAUUUUUAAUGCUACAUCUAAGGAUUUUCAAAAUUUUAUAACUAGUAAUUAUCCUAAUAAUAUAUAUGAUUUAAAAAUGUUAAAUGAUGCUUUGUAUAAAAUGUCUUCAUUAAAUGUAAAGAAGUCUGGAUAUAUUGAUAAAAACCAUCAUGUUAUAUUAUUAACUAAUAAGAAGAAAUUAAGUUUACAAGCUAAGCAAAUUACUUAUAAAUUUAAUAAUAUAUAUAAAACAUAUUCUAUAAAAUAUAAUGAAAUAGAUAAUAUAUCAAAUGAGUCUAUUAAAAAGUCCAUAAUUGAUUCAUUAAAAGUAUUAAGUAUUAAAAAAGACGAAUAUCUAAAAGAAAAUCAAAAUAUUGAUUAUUUUAUUUUAGUAAACAAUAAUCAAGUAAAAAUUAUACGAAGAAUAUCUCCAACGAAUAUAAAAAAUGUAUAUAAUGAUGCAUUAAAAAAAAAUAUUGUAGAAAUUAAUUCUAUAAAUGUUGAUUCUGUUUGUUCAACUAUGGGUUCAAGAAAAACUUAUUGUUAUGUUAUAUUUGUAGAUAAUGUUGAUGAUGAAAAAAAUGUUAAUUAUAUGAGAAAAACAUAUCAAAAUAUUAAUAGUUCAUAUAACAAAUUUGUAUCUAAAAAUGGUUCAGAAGAAACAGAAGAACAAUUAUUUAUACAACCAGUAUAUGUAUUAAAAAAAAAUCUAACAAAAAAAUUUAACAAGUUUAUAAAUGAUAAAACAAUUAAUAAAUAUGAUUCAUUCUUACUUGAUUAUUCAUCUAAUACAUUUUCAUCAAUUAAUGAAAUUAAAAACUUAAGCAAUUAUUCACAAAAUAAAGACGAUUUAUCAUUCUUACAUAAUAUAUACAAAGAUAUUGAAAUCUUAAACUUUCAAAAAAUACCAAAAUAUUGCUUACCUUUUAAUAUCAAUUGUCUAUUUAAUAUUAAAACUACAACACCAUAUAAAUUAUAUAAUAUUAUUAAUAGAACAUCCAAGUUACAAAUUAUUUUCUCGUUAAUUGUUGGUUUUAUGUUAUUCCCAACAUUCAAGGAAUAUGGAUUCUUGAAAUAUGUUUUGUUUGCUUUAUCCGUAGGCUUUUCAGUAAUUGUCAUAAAUAUAAAGGAUUUCAUUCUUCUAUUAGCUAGCUAA